AUGUCCGGGGCCCUUUUGUCCGGGGCCAUUUUGUCCUGGAUUCAUUUCUAUAGAUGUGGAAAUGGAAGUGGUGAUCGCUACGAUCCAGAAAAAGACCAGAUGAUGCGGAUCGAGUCGAGGAAGACAUCCUUCAAUCUCAGUGAGAAGAUAGCCCCGCUGAUGUCUGCCGCAGCCUUGCCCUUCAAGGUCGAGAGAAGGGCAUUUACCCAACAGGACCUCAAUCAGGAAUUCCUCUAUCAACGGAACUUUUCCAUCCCGGUGGGUCGGAAGGCGAGAUCGUUUCUCUGCUCCAGGUUCCAAUGUUCCUGGGUAAAGACGAAGGCAGCGUUCUUUUCCCUUUUCCCCAUCUUCUACUGGCUCCCACGGUACAACGUUCGACAGGAUCUCGUCGCAGACCUCGUGGCAGGAUGCACCGUCGGCGUCUUUCACAUCCCACAAGGUUUGGCAUACGCCAUGCUGGCAAAUGUCCCGCCGAUUUAUGGCAUCUACAUGGCCUUCUUCCCCGUCCCCAUCUACGUCAUCAUGGGCACUUCUCGACAUGUAUCCAUGGGAAGUUUUGCGGUGGUAACCCUGAUGGCGGGGAAGGUUGUGAGUAUGUAUCAGGAUAGAGUGGGCGAGGCGGAGGCGGGUUUUGCGAAUCUGAAUGCCACGUCGUCGUCGCCUUUCAGCUUGAGGGCUCAAAAUGCCAUCCAGGUUGCAGGCGUCGUCUCCUUCGCCGUUGGGAUCUUGCAGGCACGUCGACUAAAAUCCACUUCAUAA